AUGACUUCCGGAAGACACAGGGCGCGUCAACCACAGUCUCAGAAGCUCACAGACAAGGAGAUUUUGGAGUUGAAGAACUACCUUCCUGAGUGGACUGCCGCCAAAAGGAGUGAGAAGAGGGGGAUUUUCACUGCCAUAGCAAGGGCAGCCAGGUUGUUUGCUCCUAAGGUGGACCAAAAACAAUGGAAAAAGAGGAAGCAGGUGUACAAGACUUGGUUGUUCAACAACAAGAAAAAGAAGGAAAGGAAGGACACCAUCAAGUAUGGGAGGAAAUGGACGCUCACGAACUUGCAGCAUCACUCUGUGUGCUAUCUGCAGCUAUCCCUAUAUGAGGCGCAGCUUUCCCGCGCAACGCGCGCCAUGCGCGCACCUUUCCCGCGCUUUAUGAUGUAUACGCGCGCACGCUUUCCCGCGCUUGAUCGCCCUAUAGCGCAAGCCUUCCGGAAGCAUCCAUCCACUGUCCACCAAGCUCUCUAG